AAAACAAAUGUAGAUAUGGGUGGGAUUGGAGGGAGUGUAUUCCUAAAAUUUAGAAAACUCCUACCAGAAAAUGACACACUGACAGCAAAGCUCUCACCACAAACCAAUUAUCAAAUUCAUCUUCCUCAACCCAAGUGUUCACCAAUGGAAAAACAAAUCGCCAUAGUCGGAGCUGGCAUCAGUGGCCUGCUCGCCUGUAAGUACGCGUUGUCAAAAGGUUACCGUCCCAUCGUGUUCGAAUCGCGGAGCAGCAUCGGAGGUGUCUGGACAAAGACAUUGGAGACCACCAAGCUCCAAACUCCAAAACAACUCUAUCAGUUCUCUGAUUUUCCAUGGCCGUCUUCAGUUGUCGAAGACUUUCCGGGCCAGGAUCAGGUGCUGGACUACGUUGAGUCGUAUGCUCGCCAUUUCGGGUUGAUUCAAUAUAUCCAGUUCAAUGCGAAAGUGGUUGGUGUAAAGCUUGAAGGAGCUUCUGAAGAAGAGAUGGGAGUUUGGGAACUAUGGGGUGGUAAUGGUGAAGCUUUUGGUUCAAAAGGGAAAUGGAUUGUGAAUGUACAAGAUACUAACAAUCUUUCCACUAAGGUUUACCAAGUAGACUUUUUAGUCUUGUGCCUAGGACGGUUCAGCGAUGUGCCUAACAUUCCAGAAUUUCCUCAAGGCGAAGGACCUGAGGCAUUUCAAGGCGAUGUAAUACAUUCCAUGGAUUAUGCAGCUAUGGAUUUCAAAAGUGCAUCCGAUUAUAUCAAAGGAAAACGGGUGAUGAUCGUCGGCCUCCAAAAAUCUGCGAUAGACAUUGCAAUAGAGUGCUCAUCAUCCAAUGGAGUCGAAGUUCCUUGCACAGUUUUAUACAAGACCGAAGAGUGGGCCGUCCCCGAUUAUCUUCCAUGGGGAGUGCCUAUGGCAUAUCUGUACCUGAAUCGCUUCUCUGAGCUUCUGGUUCACAAGCCUGGUGAAAAUUUCCUCUAUAACCUAUUGGCAACAUUUCUUUCACCUUUGAGAUGGAUUUUUUCCAAAUUUGUUGAAAGCUAUAUAAAGUCGAAGCUUCGUCUAGAAAAGUUUGGGAUGGUACCAAGCCAUAGUUUCCAUCAGCAAAUAAGUUCUUGCAGGGUCUCAACUAUGCCAGAAAAAUUCUAUGAUAAUGUUGAAAAGGGAAGCAUCAUUUUGAAGAAAUCAGAGAGCAUUAGAUUCUGCAAAAACGGGGUUCGAAUCGAUGGUCAAGUCGCACCCCUGGACAUAGACUUAGUCAUAUUAGCAACAGGAUUCAAAGGGGACGGAAAGCUCAUAGACGUUUUUGUAUCACCAACCUUUCAAGAUCUCAUUACAGGAUCUCCCAAUUCAACAGUUCCUUUGUACAGGGAAUGCAUUCAACCCCGAAUCCCACAACUAGCAAUAAUAGGAUUCGCAGAAAGCAUUGCAAAUUUGUACACCUCGGAGAUGAGAUGCCGAUGGCUAGCUGAGCUUCUUGACGGUACCUUCAAGCUCCCGAGAAUUAAAGAAAUGGAGGAAGACAUAAAGAAAUGGGAGGGUUACAUGAAGGAAUACUCAGGAAAACAUUAUAGAAAAUCAUGCAUUGGAGCACUUCAUAUAUGGUAUAACGACCAGCUCUGCAAAGAUAUGGGUUGGAAUCCUAAGAGGAAGAAGGGAUUUAUUGCUGAACUAUUUCAGCCUUACGGUCCCAUGGACUACAUUUCAUCUUGAUUUUUUCGUUACCAUUAGUCAUACAAGAUUGAUAAGAGAACUGAAUUUAUAAUAAUACACACGGUUCUGACCGACUUGAUUAUAAAGUUUAUUUAUGUAAUAAUCGACAUGAAAGUGUUCAAACUGAAGAACAAAUUAACAUUUAAUUUAUAAAAGAAGUGACAACUUCCAAAAAUUAAAGA